AUGGGGGCUGAACGCCACAGAGUGCCUUUUGUUCCGCCUCUAACUCCGUGGCGGGCACGACUGAUUGCAGGCCCCGGGCCGGGGACGGGUUACGUGCCAGGCGGGUCCGCCCGCGGGAGCCGCACCGCGUCGGGCUCUUGGCAGCGCGAUAGUCCGCACGGGGCCCGCGCGCGUCCCGGCUAUUGCCGGGCCAGGUCCGCUGGUGCCGAGCCCGAGGAAGAGCCGCGGAAGAAACCUCUUUGCCUUCCCAACUCCGCAGAGAGCUCUGGGCCGUCAAAAACUGACCACCACCGCAAGGCCGGACAGCCGAAGUCCCGGGCGUAA